ACAGUUCUCAGCCCUUCUAGUGAAAACACAUUAUCUAGCAAACGCUAACUCAAAACCACUCAAACCAAACAAAAUGUUCAAAUACAUCGCUGCUGUCUUCGCUCUAUUGUUGGCCUUUGCCGCUGCCGUACCAGCUCCUGUUCCAGCCCCUGCCCCAGCACCAGCUCCCGCACCAUCACCCAGCAUUUUGCCAGUGGUGCCCGGACCAGUUGUCAGCUAUGUCGGCCAUCCCUUGGUUGGCCCCGUUGUCCGUGUAGUUGGUCCCUAUGGCCCAGUAUAUCCUGGCCACGUUGUUGUCGGUUAA